AUGAAAGCUAAAUUCCGAGCAACUUAUGAUCCAAAUCUAGAUACAUUUCGUAUAGAAUAUUUGUUAGGAGCAAGUUUAAUACUUGGUUUAAUAUUUAAUUAUUAUUUCACGUUUACUGAGGUCUUGUGGACAUUUUCAAUCUAUCUUGAAUCUGUUGCCAUUCUGCCACAACUGUUUAUGCUUUCACGUACUGGAGAAGCUGAAACUAUUACAACACAUUAUUUAUUUGCGUUAGGCACAUAUCGUGCACUUUAUUUAAUAAAUUGGUUGUGGCGUUUUACAUUUGAAGGACAUGUUGAUUGGAUUGUUUGGAUCGCUGGUGCUAUCCAAACAGCUUUAUAUAGUGAUUUCUUUUAUAUUUAUUAUACAAGAGUAUUAAAAGAAAGAAAGAAAUUUGAAUUACCGCAGUAA